AUGCAGACACAAAAGGCGAAAGCCGAAGCGCUGGGACGGAAAGCCAAGCUUGCCAAUUCCUACCAGGAACUGCUCGACGAGUUCUCCAAUAAAGAUCUCAAGAAUGUUGGCAAUUAUGGCCUCGGGCGAUUGAUAGGCAAGGGUUCUUUUGGCAAGGUCUAUCUUGCCCAUCACAAACUUACCAACGGCUCAAAGGUUGUCCUCAAAUCCGCCAAGAAAGAUGACUCGAACCUCGCACGCGAAAUUCACCACCACCGACAGUUCGUCCAUCCUCACAUCGCACGACUGUAUGAAGUAAUUGUGACCGAGUCCAUGGUCUGGUUGGUUCUGGAAUACUGUGCUGGCGACGAGCUCUACAACUAUCUCCUCAACCAUGGUCCUCUGUCCGCCGAGAAAGUCCAGAAAACGUUCACGCAGCUGGUGGGCGCCGUCUCUUACGUUCAUCAGCAGUCCUGCGUACAUCGAGACCUGAAGCUCGAGAAUAUUUUGCUGGACAAACACGAAAAUGUCAAGCUGGUCGAUUUUGGGUUCACUCGCGAGUACGAAGGCAAGUCCAACUAUUUGCAGACUUUCUGUGGCACAAUAUGCUACUCGGCUCCAGAGAUGUUGAAGGGCGAAAAAUAUGCGGGAGAAAAGGUAGACGUUUGGAGCCUGGGUGUCAUUCUCUACGCACUACUAUGCGGAGAACUUCCAUUCGACGACGACGAUGAUAAUGUGACGAGGUCGAAAAUUCUGUCUGAGGAACCCAAAUAUCCCGAACAUCUGCCAGCCGAUGCCGUCUCCCUCGUAAAGGUCCUGCUCUCAAAGCGGCCUUUGUUGAGACCAAGUCUGCCCGAUGUUCUCCAGCACCCUUUCCUGGCAGAGCAUGCGCCCCAGCAGCAAGCGAUACUAAAGUUGCGUCAGCCUCCGCCGUUUAGCACACCACUGGAGAAGGAUUGCUUGGAGCGUAUGCGAGGUGCUGGCGUCGAUAUUGAUAAGGUUAUCGAAAGCGUGCUAGCGCAGAAGUGCGAUGCACUCGCUGGGUGGUGGACAUUGCUUUUGGAGAAAGAGGAGCGAAAGGCCAAGAGGAGAGAGAGGAGGCGGAAAGAGAAGGAGGCAGAGAACAGAAAUUCCCGAAGAUUCUCAGGCGCCUCAGGCAAGCUUGAGCGUAUGGCUCCCAUCCUUGAUGAGGAUGGCAUUCUAAGAGAACCACCGCCGUUACCGAGAACACGCGGCAGGAGCGAGCGAAGGAGUACCCAUUUUCCGGCCGACUACAAUGUCACGGAGCUGCCUAACCUCCCAGAGACUACCGAUCACAGCCCUGAGAAGGACUUCCCGCCGACUCCCAUAGAUAAGGACUCGGUCCGAUCUGCAAGCACAUCAAGGCAUCGACGACCAAUCCCCCCGCCCAAGGAAGGCAUAUUGCGGAGUGCAAGAUCUAGAGGCUCGACUUUGCACCUCGUAACCACUUCAGAUGCUCUCGGCCUCAAGCCUCCAGAGCAGCCAGCUACGAAGGUGCGGAAGAAGCCUUCGCAAGCCAUCAUAGCCCAUUGGAAGAACUGGACACACUGGCUGGUAGAUACCACCCGGCGGCAUAAACCAAGCCGAAGGGGCACGCAGUCCACCCCGAAUCUCGCCGCUGAGAAUGGUGAAAAUGGCAGGAACUCGAAAACUCACAGCCCUCGCCCGCAUACCAGCAAACAUUCCACCUCGGCUUCCGGGCCUGCCACAACGGCCGAGUUUCAUGGAAAUGGUCGUCCAAAGGGAGGCUCACGUGUGAACAGCAGCAGCUCUAUCAAUAUGUCAACAUUGUCUCGAACAGGCACUUUGCAAUCCGGAUAUCGCAUGCCAUCCUCGUCUUCUUAUAAACGGCAGUCACUGUCCCCAGCACCCAUGACCCCUCGAAACCCAGUACGGCGAUCAUCGACAGGACUACGGGGCCGCAAGUCGACAUCCUCAUCUUUAAGCUCGAUACGGACAAUGCCUCCACACCAUCACCACUCGCAUUCCAAGGCCUCUUCCACAUCGUCUAACGGGUCAAUUUCGACAACCAAGACACCUAUGGGCUCUGGACGCUCACCUCACCAUUCGGUGAAAGUACUACCUGCAACACCCACUACAACAUCAUUUCCUUCUAAUAUUCGAUUCGCUCGGGCCGGCCCCCCUUUGCAGCUAAAUCUUAGCGAGGGUCUGCCAUCCUACGACCAAAAUCCUGCACCGGGAAGCCCCAGUCCGUUUGGUAUGGGAGGUCCUUCCGUUUUCUUUGCCAAACGCAAGAAGAAUAUCUUCAAGGGACCUAUGCUCCAAUUCGGCAGCAACCAUAGUCCAGCGCCUAUCGGAAGAAGAAAGGACAGUGGCAGUCAUUCGCGAAAUGUCAGUGCAUCGGGCCUGGGCAGACGGAGUGGAGAAAUGCCAAUCCAGGAGGAGGAUGAAGAGGAAGAGGAACAUGUGCCCGGAGGUCAGACCUUCGAAGCGCGUGAGGCAGACGAAGAGAGCAUUGAAGAGGUGGAUCAAUUCAGCCCCAUUAUCCAGGCCCCGGGCGAGAUGAUCGAAGAGAUUUACGAAGGUGAAGAGGAGGAUCCUGCUGUGGAGCCAGCAAAUGUAGAACAGGCGAAAAGAGAGACGGAUACCAGCAUAGCUGCUUGA